AUGGGCGAAGCGGUAACGCUGGCCGAAUUGACGCCCGGCAGUUACGUGGUUCACAUUGACCAUGGGGUGGCCCGUUUUGCCGGAACAACCCACCUGGAUACUCCCGGCGACGAACGGGAAUAUCUGGUGCUGGAAUAUGCUGGCGACGACCGACUAUAUGUGCCGACCGAGCAGCUGGAUCGAUUGGGGUCAUACGUCGCCGCGACCGACGAGCAACCGACACUAACCCGAUUGGGCGGUAACGAAUGGCAGCGCAUCAAAGAGCGGGCCAAAGGCGCAGCACGUGAAAUCGCGGAGGAGUUACUCCGCCUCUACGCCACGCGCGAAUCCGUGGACGGCCAUCGCUUUGGGCCGGACGCGACCUGGCAACGCGACCUGGAAGACUCCUUCCCCUACGUCGAGACGCCCGACCAGAUGCGCGCCAUCGAUGAAGUCAAAGGCGAUAUGGAAGUUGCGCUGCGAGCGGCAUUCAAAGCGGUGAACGAAGGUAUGCAGGUGGCCGUGUUGGUGCCGACCACCGUUCUGGCCCAACAGCACUACGCGACGUUUGCCGAACGGUUGGCGCCGUACCCGGUUAAGGUUGACGUAUUGAGCAGGUUCCGCACCCACAAGGAGCAGGCCGCCGUGGUCGAUGCCGCCAAGACCGGCGGUGUCGAUAUCGUCAUCGGUACUCACCGCAUCUUGCAGAAGGACGUUGCCUUCAGCAACCUGGGACUCGUGAUCGUGGACGAAGAACACCGGUUCGGCGUGGCCCACAAAGAACGGUUGAAGCAAAUGCGCGCCGAGGUGGACGUGCUCACCCUCAGCGCCACGCCCAUCCCGCGUACCCUGCACAUGGCCCUGGCCGGCGUCCGGGACAUGAGCGUCAUACAUACGCCGCCCGAAGCUCGUUUGCCGGUGCGGACUUUCGUUUCAGAAGACAGUGGCGAACUCGUGCGAGAGGCAAUCCUGCGGGAAAUCGAACGCGAUGGGCAGGUCUUUUUCCUGCACAACCGCGUCCGCACUAUUCACCAGGUUGCCGAAGACCUCAGCAAGUUGGUUCCGGAAGCGCGGAUAUUGGUCGGCCACGGCCAGAUGCCGGAAAACGAGCUAGAAGACGUGAUGGUGGAAUUCUCCAAUCGUGAGGCCGACGUUCUGGUUUGCACUACCAUCAUUGAGUCCGGUCUGGAUAUGCCCAACGUUAACACCAUCAUCAUCGAUCGUGCCGACCGGUUCGGCCUGGCUCAGCUCUACCAGCUGCGCGGGCGCGUCGGACGCGGCGAUCAUCGGGCCUACGCCUACCUGCUACUACCUGACCACGGGGACAUAACCGAAGCAGCCAGCCAGCGAAUUCACGCCAUCCUGGAGGCCACGGAACUUGGCGCCGGAUUCCGCGUUGCCAUGCGCGACCUGGAAAUUCGCGGCGCUGGCAACCUGUUGGGCGCCGACCAGAGCGGUCAGAUUCAUGCCGUGGGACUGAAUCUGUACUCCCAGUUGCUGAGCCAGGCCGUUGAGGAACUUAGUCGCAACGGCAGCGCUGCGGUCCAGACUGAAAUCGAACCACCCCCUCGCAUCGAUCUGCCGAUACCGGCCAGCAUUCCGGAAGACUAUAUCGCCCAUCUGCCGGCUCGAUUGGCUUUUUACCAACGGUUGUCGCAAAUCACCGACCGAACCCAUAUCGGAGCAGUGCGCUCCGAUAUGCAAGACCGUUUCGGCCCGCCGCCCAUCGAGGUUGAAAACCUGCUGGCG